AUGACUUCUCAAUGUUACGUGCACAAGUUGGUAGAAAAAACCUCUACAGGUGAUCAGCCGAAGGUCGAGAAUAAGCUCGAUGGAGUGCUGGAGUCCAUCAAUGAGACUACAACUGAUGGCGCGACCGAGAUGCGCAAUGGGACAUCGCCUCCUCAACACGAUGAGCCACGAGCAACUCAUUCUCGAUUGUUGACUAAAAAACAGUUAUCUGAGAUGGCGCUGAAUGUUCGCAACAUGGCAAAGAAGCUGCAAAGUAUCAAAGUCAAGCUGAAUAUCCAAACGAUUUUCUUGCUUACCAAAGCACACGACCCGAGCUUGGUAACGAAGUCUCGUGAGCUGACGGAGUGGCUACUCUCUCCGGAUCGUGCUGUCCGUUACACAGUCUAUGUCGAGCACACGAUGAAAGACAAUGAAUCGUUUGGUGCAGAAGCACUACUCAAAGGCAAUCCCUCGUUCGAGGGCCGAUUGAAGUACUGGGACAAUGAGCUCGCCAGAAAGCGGCCGCAUACAUUUGACUUUUGCGUCCUGCUUGGUGGCGAUGGCACCGUACUUUACUCUAGCUGGCUGUUUCAAAGAGUGGUUCCGCCAGUCCUUUCUUUCUCCAUGGGUUCUCUAGGCUUUUUGACCAAGUUCGACUUUAAUGACUAUCAGAAUACUUUGGAAAAGGCGUUUAGUGAUGGCAUCACCAUUAGCUUGCGCCUAAGAUUUGAGGGUACAGUUAUGAGGAAGCAAAAGGAAUACCGAAAGAGCGAAGACAGGGACGUAGUAGAAGAGCUCAUCGGUGAGGAAGCUGGCGACAACCGAACACACAAACCUGAUCGCACAUUCGAGAUACUAAAUGACAUUGUCGUAGACCGAGGACCAAACCCGACAAUGUCUACGAUAGAGCUCUUCGGAGAUGGUGAUCAUCUAACCACAGUGCAAGCGGACGGCAUAUGCGUGGCUACGCCGACCGGUUCGACAGCCUAUAAUCUUGCAGCAGGGGGGUCUCUAUGCCAUCCAGAAAACCCUGUGAUACUUGUGACGGCGAUAUGUGCUCAUACACUAUCUUUUCGUCCAAUCGUACUUCCAGACACAAUGGUGCUCAGACUGGCUGUGCCGUAUGACGCUAGAACUAGCUCUUGGGCCAGUUUCGAUGGGCGAGAAAGGGUCGAGCUCCAGCCAGGAGACUAUGUCACCAUUUCAGCAUCUAGAUAUCCAUUCGCUCAUGUCAUGCCGCCAGGAAGGAAGAGUGAAGACUGGGUUAACAGUAUCUCGAGAACGCUGCAAUGGAACUCCAGACAGAGGCAGAAAGCGUUCAAAGACGACAGCGGGAAGAGCUGA